CGAAAGAAAUGCAAAGAAGAAACAAAGAGGGACACACCAAAAGAAGGGGGCCAAGGGAGACACCGAUCGCAAGCUUCGCCUCGGUGUCUCCGCCUCCAACUCUUUCUCCGUUUAUAAUCUCUCUUUGAAGACAAAAGCGUGACCUAAUUUUCUUCAACUUUCUGCUUCUUCGGUUCUGCAUUGGUUUAUGCAACGCGUCGACUUGUUGGAAGCUUGUUCGUUCAUGGUGUUUUAGAGGAGGAAGUUGAGAGAUAAUGUCGGCGUUUUCGAAUUUUACAGCGUUGAUUUGCGGUGAAGGUGCUACGGUUGUUAACACUUCGGAGAAGAGGCUCAAGUUCGGAUCAGUUUCCUGCAGGUUCAAUUGGAGGCCUCGCCAGAGUGAUUCAUUUCCGAUCUCUCGGUUGGCGCUUUCUGGAUCGAGGAGGACAGCUCAAGAUAAAAAUGUACGUAUGGCUUUAGUUGAAGAAAGGCUUGGGCGUGUCAGGGAUGUGGAUGCGCCUCCUGGUAUCUUGGCAUUUGAUCUUGUGCAAGGGGAACUCGUUAAAUGGGGUUCUACGAUAGACAAGUCAAUACCGGAUCCACCAACAGCAGUGCUCCUGCAUGGCAUCCUAGGUAGCAGAAAAAAUUGGGGAACUUUUUCUCGGAAAUUGGCACUGGAAUUUCCUGCAUGGCAGUUCCUCUUAGUAGAUUUGCGAUGCCAUGGUGAUUCAGCAUCAAUCUCAAAGAGGGGUCCUCAUACCGUUGCCUCAACUGCUCUUGAUGUUUUAAAGCUGGUUGCACAACUUAGAAUAACACCUCGUGUUCUUGUUGGUCAUAGCUUUGGCGGUAAAGUUGUCUUGAGCAUGGUGGAACAAGCUGCCAAGCCCCUUGCACGGCCUGUCAAGGUCUGGGUUUUAGAUGCUACCACGGGAAAAGUUAGAGCUGGUGGAGAUGGAGAUGACCAUCCAGCAGAAUUGAUAUCCUUCCUCAGGAAAAUGCCAAACGAGGUAUCUUCAAAGCGAGACAUUGUUAAUGCUCUAAUUCAAGAAGGGUUCUCUACGGAUGUGGCUCAGUGGGUCGUAACUAACCUUCGACCAAAUGGCACUCCUGGUUCAUUAUCAUCAAGGUUCUCAUGGGUGUUUGACCUUGAGGGAAUUUCUGAAAUGUAUCACUCCUAUGAGGAAACAAAUUUAUGGAGAUUUGUUGAGAAUUUGCCUCGAGGUGUGCAUGUCAAUUUUUUGAAAGCAGAAAGGAGCUUACACCGUUGGGCUCUUGAAGAUCUCCAGCGAAUUCAUGCGGCUGAGGAACUGGCUGCUGAUGAGGCAGGUGGAGUUGAAAUGCACGUCCUCAAAGAUGCUGGACAUUGGGUACAUGCUGAUAACCCAGAUGGGCUCUUCAAGAUUCUUUCAUCAUCUUUCCAGGGGCUUAAAGCCUAAACAUUGCUUGGGUUCUUGCUUUCAAUUCUACCAUGCCAGUGUACUGGUUAUACGACAACUAAUGUUUUGGUUACAUCUGUAGCUAGUCUUGCUCUUGCAUGAUUCUACCUAUUCGUUUGUAAACUAUAAAAUAGCAUCAACUAUUUUGUUAUAUGAAUUUGGAUUGCAAUGUUCUAAUA